AUGGCUACAGAAAAUGGAGCAGUUGAGCUGGGAGUCCAGAGCCUGUCAACAGACUCCAGCCCCCCAGGCCCUUCAGGAGAGGGGCACGAGGGCACCCCUACCAUGAAGAAAGACCCUGGAGCCCCGAACCUGAAGAAAGAUCCAGACCCAUCCUCCUUGAAGAAAGAUGCUGAAGCCCCCGCCCCAGAGAAAAAGGAUGACCAGGUCCCAGCUUCAGCCAGCAGCCAGGGCCCUUCAGGAGAGGGGCAUGGGGGUGGGGGGCCUGCGGAAGGCAGUGUGGGACCUCCUGCAGCCUUGCCCCAGCCCACUGCCACAGCGGAGGCCAGCGUCCAGAAGCCAGAUGCCAAGCAAGCACCGCCAGGCAACGAGGGACCGGGGGAGCCCAAGGCAGGCAAGAAGGCAGCAGAAUGCCGAGAAGCAGGGAGGAGGGGCUCUCCUGCCUUUCUUCACAGCCCUAGCUGUCCAGCCUUCAUCUCGUGCUCUGAGAAGACACCAGCUGUGAAGCCCCUAAGCGAGACAACAGAACUCAUCUUUGCAGGGGUGUCUGAGACCUCCGACCCCCCAGAUCCUGGGCCAGCCAAGGCAGAAGGAGGGACGAACACCCUGGCAGAGAACCAGAAGGAAGAGGCAGAGAGAGCCCCAGGCCAGGCCGGGCAGGCUAAGGUGCAAGGGGACACCUCUCAGGGGAUCGAGUUCCAGGCUGUUCCUUCUCAGAGAGCCGAGGUGGGGCAGGCCCUCAGCCUCACUGCCAGGGAGGAAGACUGCUUCCAAAUUCUGGAUGAUUGUCCACCACCCCCAGCCCCCUUCCCACACAGGAUCGUGGAGCUGAGGACCGGAAAUGUCAACAGUGAAUUCAGCAUGAACUCAAAGGAAGCACUGGGAGGUGGGAAGUUUGGAGCUGUGUGCACCUGCACGGAGAAGGCCACAGGCCUCAAGCUGGCAGCCAAGGUCAUCAAGAAACAGACUCCCAAGGACAAGGAAAUGGUGCUGCUGGAGAUCGAGGUCAUGAACCAGCUGAACCACCGCAACCUGAUCCAGCUCUACUCAGCCAUUGAAACCGCUCACGAGAUCGUCCUGUUCAUGGAGUACAUCGAGGGCGGCGAGCUCUUUGAGAGGAUCGUGGAUGAGGACUACCAUCUGACCGAGGUGGAUACCAUGGUGUUCGUCAGGCAGAUCUGCGACGGGAUCCUCUUCAUGCACAAGAUGAGGGUCCUGCACCUGGACCUCAAGCCAGAGAACAUCCUGUGUGUAAAUACUACUGGCCACUUGGUGAAGAUAAUCGACUUCGGCCUGGCACGGAGGUAUAACCCCAACGAGAAGCUGAAGGUGAAUUUUGGGACGCCGGAGUUCCUGUCACCUGAGGUGGUGAAUUAUGACCAGAUCUCUGACAAGACUGACAUGUGGAGCCUGGGGGUCAUCACCUACAUGCUACUGAGUGGCCUCUCUCCCUUCCUGGGAGACGAUGACACGGAAACCCUGAACAAUGUCCUGUCUGCCAACUGGUACUUUGAUGAAGAGACCUUUGAAGCUGUGUCGGAUGAGGCCAAAGACUUUGUUUCCAAUCUCAUCACAAAGGACCAGAGUGCCCGAAUGAGUGCGGAGCAGUGCCUCGCCCACCCCUGGCUCAACAACCUGGCAGAGAAAGCCAAACGUUGCAACCGCCGCCUCAAGUCCCAGAUCCUGCUUAAGAAAUACCUCAUGAAGAGGCGCUGGAAGAAAAACUUCAUUGCUGUCAGCGCAGCCAAUCGCUUCAAGAAGAUCACUAGCUCGGGGGCACUGAUGACUCUGGGAGUCUGA